CAGUGUAGUCGGACUGUCACUUGUUGGGCUGAACGGCUCGCAGGCGGCUGACAGACUCGUCGGCUACACGUGAUGGUCGGUGCGCGUCAUAGCAGCGCCGUCGCUCGCCUGGAGACUGGAGCAGGACUGACUGACACUGAAUGUAGCAGGCUACUGUAAAUAAAGAAUCAAAACCCAACAAACUAACAGGGAACAAAUAAGCAAGCCGGGCAGCAGCGGGUUAACUGAUAGCAGUUUCUGUCAUUCAUUCGCUGAAGGUGUUUUUUGGUCCUUUUUUUGGUCAGACUUCAGCGUGCCAAGUGAAAGGAAAGCAAAACAUGGCUGGUUUAAUGGCAGGUUUUGGUCAUUACACCCACGCUAUCGUCCGGGGAAUCCCUGCGUCCCUGGCCAAAGAGGCGCUCCGGACCAGCCAGGCGGAGGUGGAAGUGGACCUGGCCAAGGCGCAGAGGGAGCACGAGGCGUACGUCGAGGUCCUGGGCACGAGGCUGGGACUGGAGGUGGUCGAGCUCCCCGCGGACGAGGCGCUCCCGGACUGCGUGUUCGUGGAGGACGCGGCGGUGGUGUGCGGUGACACGGCGCUGAUCACCAGACCCGGAGCGGAGAGCAGGAGGAGAGAGGCUGAGUCAAUGAAAGAAGCUCUAAAGGAUUUGAAUCUGAACAUCGUGGAAAUGACCGAUGAGACUGCCACGCUGGAUGGAGGAGACGUGCUGUUUACAGGUCGAGAAUUCUUUGUGGGCCUAUCCAAACGGACCAAUCAGAGAGGAGCAGAGAUCUUAGCAGAUGCCUUUAAGGACUACGCCGUGUCCACCGUGCCUGUUCUGGAAGGUCUGCACCUGAAAAGCUUCUGCAGUAUGGGGGGACCAGGCCUCAUUAUCAUCGGCUCCAGUGAACCUGCACAGAAAGCCCUCAAGAUCAUGCAGCAGAUGAGCGACCACCGCUAUGACAAACUGACAGUGCCUGAUGACCUCGCUGCCAACUGCAUCUACAUGAACCUGCCUGAAAAAGGACAUGUGCUUCUGCAUGGCACAUCAGAGGAGUUUCCAGAGAGUGUGAAGGUAUUUGAGAAGUUGAAGGACCACCUGCUGAUCCCCGUUUCCAACAUGGAGAAGGCCAAAGUGGACGGAGCCCUCACAUGCUGCUCUGUGCUCAUCAACAAGAAGGCCAACAUCUGAGUGCCCUCACAAGGGGUCUCUUCAGUGCGACAGUAACCAAGGGGGGCCUGUAUCCAAUCACCAAGGACCCCUAUGUUUUGCACAGCUAUCGUGGCACAAAGAUGAUAGUAUAUGCAAGGUUAUUGCUGCUGAGGGACACAGAAUAUAUAGAUAUAAGAGAGGUAUCUCUUCUUUAACCCCUAAACACUUAAGUUUCGUUAAAGGUCUUAAAAAAGUGUGUUAAUAGUUGAUUUGACAUAAAAGAAGAUUAAUUUCAGAUCAUAGUUUUCUCUGUAGGAUUAUGAGAUUAUUUAAAUGAGUGUUUUGUUUUCAAUUUGGAUGUCUUCUAACAUUUUCUAUUUGAGGCAAAAGAAAAGGCUCGAUUGUUGGAUAAUGGAUCAUAAAUUCUUCCCUUGUCAAGCCGUAUAUAUGUUAACAGUAUUUGUUUCUUAAAAAUGACUUUAUAUGGAGUUCUAAUUAACAAGAAAAUGUGAUAUUAGAAGAUCUGAUCCAUAAUCAGAAGAGGAGUAGCUAGAUUGUGCCAUUGGGCUACCCCCAGCCCAAACUUUGAUCCUGCAGAGCCUCUAUUCUUUAUAUGAAGACCAAUCAGUGCUUAUGUUUCGAUGGUUACAAAAAGAACAACGCUCAGCAGAGCUCUGGACCAACAGAACCAGAUGAAUCUGUGGGAUAAGAAGGCUUUUCCCAUCCAAAAUGACCAACGUGGUUUCUAAAUUAGAUAGGAAGUACAGACAUCUGAAGGGAAAAAUGUAAACAGUUGUAAACAAACCAUUUUAACUGUGAUUUCCUGUUGAUUGUUCUUAGUUAUCCUGUGUAAUGCCAGUGGUACUCUUUGGUAAUUCAUUUUCAAGAACUGUAUUUAAAGGACAAGCUGUAACAUCAACACCUCAAUGAUUCUGUUAAACCUUGAGUUAAAUUACUGCUGAUUAUGCACAUGUGCUGAUAACACGUCAUGACCAUACAGUGCUAACUCAUCUGUGUGUAUUUGUUCAACAUGCAUGGCUGCACAGUCUGAUGAACAAAUACAGUUUUUGAAACACCUUCUGAGGAUAUGAUCUGUGGUACGGCUGCAGUGAUUUUGUGAUUUUUCUAUGAUUUUGUGACUAAUUGUUGAGACCUGAGGUGCUCUUAACUUCUUGACCAUAACUUGACAUUGCUACUGAUUGUUACAGUAUUGGAGAUGGCACCAGUAAGGGAAGCUAAUUAAUCUAUUUUGCAAGGACCAGGAUGUAAACGUAUGAAUCUGUGCCAACUAUAAAAACAGACAGAAGCUGUCGAUGUUGGGAACUUGGAAUAAAUGUGAAAGGUGAAUGUAAAAGUUUUAGCACAGACUGUAUAAAACUCGGUCUCAUGUGAUGUCACCUGGUUUCUGAGGAGGUGUUAUGAAGCCCAGCUGUGGCGGUCACCGUAUUGGAAAUGACGACUACCUAACUUUCAGGUGACCUACAAACAGACAAAGUUGAGGUGUGCUGGGUGACAUCUCUGAGGCUACAUCCACCUUUGUUCACAGUUUAUGAUUGAAUCCGUUUCUACCAUAAUCCCCACGUUACACUUCUUUUUCUUUUAAUCCAAAAUGUCAGUGUGGACAUCUACUGCCGUCAGUCCUGCUGAAUGAUUCUGAAAGCCCUGUAGUCUCCUCACACCAUAUUUUCUGCCUGAGUUGUUGAUUACAUUGGUUCCUCUUUUUUCCUCUAUGGUGGCUUUUCCUCCAAAACUGCCUGUUAAGAGCACGCUGUGAAGCUGAUGUCUGCUCCUCUAAAUCCAAUCCCACCUAAUGUGACUGCAGUGAGGGUUUGCUCCCAGCAUGCAGAGCAAGCUAACUGCUUCUGCUUCUGUGUGUGUUCACAAAUCUCCCAGCCAGCAGGAGUUUAAAGGAUGUUGAUUUGCUCGGUUUUUGUGGCCUUAUUUCUAUUGUUUCAGGCCUGUGGGCACAGUUAACAUGUACACAGACUUGAAACUGUAAAAGCCAAUCACAUCUGAAACCAUGUUGUGUCUCAGUGUGAUUGUAAGUGAAAGUUGAGGAAAUGACAUCAGGAGGUGAUUCAGCCUCGCUCUGCAGACGUUUGUGUAUGGGCAAGCGGGCAGUGGUGAUGAAACACGGAAAGAAUUCCUGCUGGGAGGAGAGGCUUGUACACCAGUAAACACUGACUCUCUUAAAACUUACUCUGUCUUACUCUGUCUGACGUUCUUACUCUCUCGCCCACCCUCUGCUGUUGUCUCAUACUCAAUCUGGGCUAAUUUAUGGCUAUGAUAUCAUACAGUCUGGCGGACACACUGUAGAUAUGAUGGCUUGCCAUUAAAGUGUGACAGUAGCAGUAUAUUUUACAGAGGGCGUUUGGCUGGGUGCAGGGUGAUAGCAUAGUUUGCAGAACAUCCAGGUUUGAUUCUCAUGUAGUUACUCCAGAAACCUGAGCCAUGAGGGGCAGGUCAGAUGGUGUCACUCGAUUGAUUUGGGGCUUUUUGUUAAAAGUUUUCACCUCGUGGUUGUACAUCUCCAGUGAUUUUAAAUCACAGUAACAUUGCAUAGAUAUCUAGCUCAUGGCUGAAAAAGCUGGAUGUGAGUAACCACUCCUAAAAACAUGUGCUGACUUUGUUGAGGGCUUUUUUAUCCUCUUACUAAUCCCAAACACUCAUCCCUGUACUCACCGAUGUUCCUUUGCCUUUGUUCCAGCUCAUGUCUCUUGGUUUUCAUACCGACUGUGAGUAAUAUGAUUUGAGUUUUUUUUAUUUGAGCCUUUCGUUGACUUUGUGAAAUAAAUGAACAUCUGGCAUUUAA